UAGCGUCACACUGUGCGAACAUAAAGAUGCAACAGAUGCUGUUGUCUUUUUGUUCAUAGACACACCGCUGAGAGAGACACACACAGAGCUAAUUGUCCUUUGUUAAAGUAUCAUUGCCAUGUCUUCCUGCUGUAAUGGGACAAGCCCGAAUGGCUUUCUUUGUUCGGUAAAUCAUGUAUGGAUGGUAUUUGGAGCUAUCGGCAUGGUGCUGUUCAUCUCACUAUCUUGGAAUAUUUUUUGUUGUGUAUCAAAAUGUUAUUCAGGAAAAGGGACAUGUAGGAGACGAAGACAGAGCCCGAGGCAGAUGGAAGACAAUCCCAUUUAUGGCAACAUAAGCUACACGCAAACAAGCAUGACUUUGUACACAGAAAGUGAUCGUCCACACUCGUCACUCAGCUCUUCAUCUUUGAGGGACCAACACAGAGUCAAUUCUAACUCACAGUCCAAAGCUCAGGACUGCUAUGCCAACCUGACCCUGAAACCUCCCAGGCCCCAGUCUGGCCGCAGCUCUCCACAGAUACAGUACUCAGAUGUAGUUCAGUUGGAGGUGCAACCAGAGUCAGAGAAGGAAGAUGAAGGCCACACAGAUACCGUCUCCACCAUGUCCGAUCUGUAUGCGUCUGUGCAAACUCAGCGCACCAAAACGGUUGAUCUUGCAGACACCGGAGAGGACUAUGCCAACCAUCUCUGAGAGAAACCCUGUCAUUGAUGCUGCCGGUUACCAAUAAAUAAUCUUUUUGCAAGUUGGCCUGCCGCCACAGGAUGGCACUGUUUGUCAUCACAUCAAAUAUGACAGCCCUUCUGUGUGGCGAUGGUGUGGGCAUACCUCUGAUGCAAACUAUCUCACUGGUACCAGUUUCACUAGAGUACAUUAAUUCCCGGUGCACUAGUCUUGUUACUUGACAAGAGCACAUACCAUUUACAAGACUGAGUCCUAAUUACAGUGGCCUGGUUUCAAAUCCAGCCUGGGUCCUUUGCUGCAUGUCACCACCUCUCUCUCCCCUGCCUCUCCUGUCCUAAUUUCCAAUAAAGCAGAAAAGCCAAAAAAUAAAUUUAAAAAAAAGAAAAGAAAAAAGAAAGAAAGAAAAAGAGGGAGAGAGAGAGAGAAAGAGAGAGAACAAGCAGGAGAACAUGUUCAAUUUAGGUUGAAUUUCAAUGCACGUUUUGGGAGCUUGACUUCUUUUGGUAAGAGAGAGGCAGUGAUUGUUAAUUUCCUGUAUCUUUCAAUUGUUAGUUCUAUACAAAAUUACAUUUGGAUAAAUUAAUUGUGAUCUUUACUGAAAUGACAUGUAUUAAAGAAUAAAAGUCUGCACAUACAGAAUA